AUGUCUCGCACAGGGUUGUUCCUGGCCCUGGCGGUGCUCUUCCACCUCAUAUACACCUACUCGAUCUUUGACAUCUACUUCGUUAGUCCAAUUGUCAGUGGCAUGCGAGAAUAUGGCGUCGAACGUGCCCCCGAAGCCAAAGCACCAGCUAAACGACUCGUCCUCUUCGUCGGUGACGGCCUGCGCGCGGAUAAGGCAUUCCAAUACUUCCCCGACCCCUCCCCUCCACAGACAAUCUGUUCAAGAGACGACGAGGGCAGCAUAGCCUGCCCGGAGCCGGAUCUGACACCCAAACCGCUUGCGCCGUUCCUUCGUUCACGCGUGCUGGAACAUGGCACCUUUGGAGUGUCGCAUACUCGAGUACCCACGGAAUCGAGACCGGGCCAUGUUGCGUUGAUUGCGGGUUUAUAUGAAGAUGUAUCUGCUGUGACUACGGGAUGGAAGCUGAAUCCGGUCAAUUUUGACAGCGUGUUCAACCGAAGCAGACAUACUUGGAGCUGGGGGAGCCCGGAUAUCUUGCCAAUGUUCAAAGAAGGUGCAGUUCCAGGCCGUAUUUCUGUUGAUAUGUAUAGUGAGGAAGACGAGGAUUUCACACGAGAUGCUACAGUUUUGGAUACAUGGGUUUUUGACCGCGUCAAGGAGAUGUUCGCUACUGCAAAGGAGGACAAGAAUUUAGAUGCACAGCUAAGAGACGACAAGGUAGUGUUCUUUUUACACCUGCUCGGUCUAGACACCACUGGACAUUUUUACCGCCCAUACUCAAAGGAAUACCUACAUAAUAUUCAAGUUGUCGAUCAAGGCGUUCGCGAGAUCACGGAGUUGAUAGAUGAUUUCUAUGGAGACGAGGAAACGGCCUUUGUCUUCACUGCAGACCACGGCAUGAGCGACUGGGGCAGCCACGGAGACGGACAUCCAGACAACACACGUACUCCUCUCAUUGUCUGGGGCUCUGGUGUGGCUAAGCCGGUGAAGACUAAUGGAGCCGUUGCGCCCGGGCAUGAGGAUGGCUUCUCCUCAGACUGGCACCUCAACAAUAUCAAGAGACAUGAUGUUGCUCAGGCCGAUGUUGCCGCUCUCAUGGCGUACCUAAUUGGACUAGAUUUUCCCGUUAACUCAGUUGGCGAGCUUCCUCUUUCUUACUUGGAUGCCACUCCAAGGGAAAAAGCCAAGGCUGCUCUGGCCAAUACUCAGGGUGUGCUCGAAAUGUACCGUGUCAAGGAGGAGCAGAAGAGAGCUGCUACUAUCAGAUAUCAGGGGUACACUCCUUUUACACAACCGCAGCGUUCACCGGAGGCUCAAUUGGCCGCCAUUCGCAAAUUGAUAUCCACUGGCAAAUACGAGCAAUCGAUCCUCCAGUCCAGGAGUCUCUUCCAGGAUGCCCUAGACGGCUUGCGUUAUUUACAAACAUACGACUGGCUGUUCCUGCGCGCCAUUGUAACUGCAGGAUACCUAGGUUGGAUUUCAUAUGCUUUAGUCACAGUGAUAGACCUGCAUGUCUUGCCAAUGUCUCUGGAGCCUGAUCGAUCUAUUCCCAGCUUUAUGUUCUUCUCAUCAGUACUUGUGGUUCUUUACUCUGUAUUGUGGGUUCAGCAAUCGACGUGGCGGUACUAUGCUUAUGCCUUUUUCCCAGUUCUUUUCUGGGAGGAAGUAUUUGCCCGCCGGGCGGCUCUCGGUGCUGGGCAAAAGGUACUACUUGGCCACGUUAAAUCAUUUACAGGGUACCUCGUACUUUUGUUACAGUCCUUACUAUAUAUUGGAGUUUUGCAAGGACUUGUUCAAUCAUAUUUCAAUCGGGAGAUAUACACCGUUUGCUAUCUGCUAGGUGCCGUGUGGCCAGCCCUCUAUGGACUCGACUUCUUGAGCAAUAAUAAGUUCCUUUCAGCAGCAUGGACUGUUAAUUGUAUCUUGAUGAGUUCCUUUACCCUCCUACCAGUAGGAAAACAAGAUAAUGCAGACACUGUUACAUAUGGUGGUAUCCUUAUGUUUGGGAUUGGCAUGCUCUAUUUGAUAUUCGAAGAAUCCAUCUUGUCUAGUUCAAAGGUGAAAACUUCAACAGGAAGCACCUUCAAUAUAGGGUCCCGAAUCGUUAUGGGCGCUCAGAUUGGGAUUAUACUCCUUUCAAUCAUAGUCACCCGCUCAAGUAUUGCGUCGCUCCAGGCGAGAACAGGAUUGCCUCUCGGUAAUCAAGUCACUGGGUGGAUUGCUAUGAUAUCCUCUUUCGUCUUACCAGUGCUGCACAAAUUCUUCCCGACAGGGCACUACUUACAUCGCCUCAUUGUCUUGUUCCUCACAUUCGCGCCAACCUUCAUCGUUCUCACAAUUUCCUAUGAAGGACUUUUCUAUGUUGUAUACUUUGCUACUCUCGUCAGCUGGGUACGGCUUGAGCAUAGCAUCUACAGAUACACCUUACCACCAAAAGCUACACCGAGUAUCUCUCGAGAGGCCACUCCCAGAGCCGUAACUACGGACUCCGGAGCCCCUGCUACUACAUCAUACCGCACUCUCAACCUGCCUGACGCACGCAUCGCUCUCUUCUUCCUCUUCCUACUUCAAUCCGGCUUCUUCAGCACCGGAAACAUCGCCAGCAUCUCAUCCUUUUCCCUUGACAGCGUCUCCCGCCUUAUUCCCGUCUUCAACCCUUUCUCACAGGGCGCUUUGUUAAUUCUAAAAAUCCUCGUGCCCUUUGCUCUUUUGAGUGCGACAUUUGGUAUUCUCAACCGCAGGUUGCAUGUGGCUCCGUCAGCACUGUUUAUGAUCGUUAUGUGCAUCAGUGAUGUUAUGACGCUUAAUUUCUUCUUUAUGGUUCGCGACGAAGGAAGUUGGCUUGACAUCGGCACGACUAUUAGCCACUUUUGCAUUUCGAGUGGACUAUGCGUGUUUGUGGCCAUUAUCGAGUCUUUGAGCGGUGCAUUUAUCUCGGGUGUCAACUUCGAUGGCUCCCACAGCCAAGAGAAUCAGCUUGAUGCGACGGAGAAAAGUGCGGUUUCCGAUUAG